AUGUCUGAAUCCCUGACCACGAAGCAAGUCGCCGAGCACAACACGGUGGAGACGGGUCUGUACAUUAUCAUCGACGGCGAUGUGUAUAAGAUGGAUGAGUUUGUCGAGGAGCACCCCGGUGGCUCAAAGAUUCUGAAGAGGGUGGGGGGCAAGGAUGCUAGUAAGCAGUUUUGGAAGUACCACAAUGAGCAUGUGCUGAAGAAGUAUGCGCCUAAGCUUAAGAUUGGGAGUGUGAAGGAGGAGGCCAAAUUAUAA